AUGCUCCGAACCAGUGCCAUUGACAUGCAAGGCAGCUGGGAUGAGCAUAUAUCACUCAUUGAGUUUGCCUAUAACAAUAGCUACCAAGCCGCUAUUGGUAUGGCACCAUUCGAAGCUCAGUAUGGGAAGAAGUGCCAAACACCUCUAUAUAGGGAUGAGGUGGGUGAACGUCAUAUCCUUGGCCCUAAGUUGAUCCAGGCAAUAAGUGAGAAGGUGGAUUUAAUUCGUGAGCGAAUCAAGGCAGCCCAAUCUAGGCAAAAGGGUUGUGCAGAUCAACGGUGGAAGGAUCCAAAGUUUACUAUCGGCGUUAAGGUAAUUCUUAAGGUGUCACCUACCAAAGGGGUGAUGCAGUUCAGCAAGAAGGGCAAGUUGAGUCCGAGAUUUAUUGGACCUUAUGAGAUCCUUACGAAGAUCGGGUCUCUGACUUAUCGGUUGGCACUCCCUCCAUCCUUGGAUGGUGUGCAUGACGUUUUCCACGUGUCCAUGUUGAGGAAGUAUGUUCACGACCCGAGCCAUGUUCUAUCACAGGAACCACUGGAACUCGCAGCUGAUAUGUCCUAUAAGGAGCAACCCAAGAAGAUCCUGGACAGUAAGAUAGUCCACCUUCAAAACCGACCUAUUCAUUAUGUGAAGGUAAAAUGGUGCAAUAAUCUAGAGGAAGAAGCAUCUUGGGAGGCAGAAGUAGAGAUGUGGGAGAAGUACCCUUCCCUGGGUUACUUACAAAAUGGUGCUGCCAUGUAUGCCUAUGAGCUGUUCUCCAUGGUGGUCAAGCCCAGUCAUAAGAUCAUUGACCACUUCAUGGGUUUGGCCAUCGAAGAAAGGUUCCUCAACCGGCAGUGGGGAAAAUUCAUCGAUGGCCACUUCGUUGACUACCCUCCUAGUACCAGCCCUAAGAGAAAGAAGUACUGGAGUGUACACCCCGUGUCGCCCCAUUUGGACACUUCGCUCAGUGAUGAACUCAGUAUAGCUUUGGGGAAACUCUUCGGGAUCAUUGGUGGCACACCAUGA